CCAAUUUAACCAACUGUAAUACUAAUACAUUACUUUACUAAAUAACGAUAUCAAAAAUCGCAACAUGAAAUACACUCAGUGAUCCGUCUCAGCUCAGAAUCUUUUUACUGAUUCGAUGAUACAUCAUUGAAUUCAAAUUUAAAAAAUUCAUGGAAUAACAAAUCACACAAAUCUUGUUUUAUUAUCUUCGCUUUGCUCAAUGGUCGCAUUCUACUAGUCCGGUGGGGAGAAGAAGUCGCCUGGCUUUAUCUUUUAAGACCACGUGCACAUAUCUACCGUGUACUGCGCGUCGUCGCAUAUGUCUUGUGUCUUGUCUUUGUGUCUUAUCAUACAAUUUCCGGUCCAUCGUCCACUCUAUUUUAUUCAGUGAAUUCAGGUUUUGAUUAAAUAUCUAAUAGUGUUUUUCUGCUGUCGACCGUUAAAGUCGUAUUCGCAUUUCACCAAUUUAUUGGUAGAAACUUUGUAAGAAUAUACAAUAUUAGUUAUAUUCGUUAAUUAGACUCGUGUGAUAAUUAUCAUAACCAACUAUGGAUAACGACGUUGGCUUCAACGAUAGAGCUAUACGCAGAAACUUCUUAUGUAAAAUCUACGGUAUUGUUUUGUGCCAACUGCUAAUCGCCAUAGCAUUUAUGACCGUGGCAACUUUUCAUGAUCCCACUAGACUUUUUUUAAAAUCAUAUCCGAGCCUCAGGAUCAUCACAAGUAUUAUUACUUUAAGUAUUUUAAUAACACUCGCUUUCUGUGAAAAAUUACGCCGCAAGAGUCCUAUUAACUAUAUUUUCUUGUUUGUAAUUACCAUAGCCCUAUCAUUUUUAUUAGCAGUGACUGUGUCUCGUUACUAUCCCAAACAAGUGAUUUCGGCUCUCAGCCUAGCUACAAUAAUCUGUUUUGCUCUCACAAUAUUUGCACUUCAGACUAAAAUAGAUUUUACAGUCAUGGGUAGUUCCUUAAUGGUAGCUAUAAUAAUUUUACUGGUUGCGUCUACCGUUGUUAUAUUAUACCCUGCUAAAUUAAUGACACUCAUAAUUGCAUGUACAGGGUCAAUAAUAUAUUCGUUUUUUCUUAUUUAUGACACCCAAAUGAUGGUCGGUAGUAACCAUAGAUAUUCAAUAACUCCAAAAGAAUAUAUACUUGCAGUAUUAGCCAUUUAUAUAGACGUAAUUAACAUUUUCUCCGAUAUAUUUACCGUUAUUGUUGUUGGUGAUUAA